AUGAUUCCCCAAAAAACCACACCCGAACCAACACCUUUUUUUGGCCUCUUUUUGGUGAAUGAGAAGCAAGGCGAUGAUGCCAGCACAAACAGUUUUAUGCCAAUGAAUUUGAACCGCAUCUGGACAAGAAAAACAAGUUCAUCAUCUUCAAGAGGUCAAAACGCCAUCUUUUUUUCGCUUUCGCACUUUCCAGCUAUCAGACAGGACGAAGGCGACCAAGAAGCAAAAGAAACACUCUCCAAAGCACCAUCACCAAACGAGUUUCCUGUCGGUAACAUGAGCAUUCAAUUUAAAGGAUGGUCCAAUACUAAUGAUGAUAUGUGUUCUUUUGUUCAUACAGCGCCUCUCAGUGAUUUCAUUUCUUCGACAGCAUUCUGCCAUCAAGCUAACAUGGAUGACCAAAUGGAUAUUGUGCUUGUUGGGCACAACACCAAUGAAAAAGUGUCACUUCAACGCAUGCAUGCUGAAGGAAAUGGAGCCAAUUUGAAAAGGCACGCAGUUUAUGCUUUCUUUUUGAGCGACUUUUUGGCCAAGUAUGUUCUGAAAGGAGUUGAAUUCGUAAAAGUUGAGCUAUCCAUGAUUCUCAAUGAUCCAAGUGCUAACACCAACAACCAAAUGGUGGAACUAUGCUACACUACCUUUUUCGUACAUGACGAUAUGGAAGAUUUGUCCACCGAGCUCGAUGACAUCCAUGAGAACAGCUUGGCUUUAUUGCGACGUUCACUUUCGCAGGUCUCUGAACAAUUCAUGGACAUCUUGGAUCAAGGAGGAGUGUGUGAUUAUACGUUGUUGGAUAUUGAUGCAUUGCUUGAUAUGGCCAUUAAUACACUCGACAAGAGCGGUCAAAACGUUCAUGGAUUGGAUUGGUACUGUCAUGGAGGCCAGUGGAUGCAUUUAUUUUGGUUGUGUGAAAAGGUACUCGAUUUACUUCUCUCUCGCUCUGCUGUAUUUGACUUGGUUUGUUUUUUAGAGGUCAUUCCUCAAAAGUUUGAAUUUUCUAUUGUUAGCAGGGUGGAACAAAAUGAUCAAGAAAUUGCAAGCUGGUUACUCGCUCGGCAACUCUUACUUCAGCAUUUUCAACAGCACUGCAAGAAUAUUACUUGUCACGUCUUUAGAAACACAUCAACAGAAUGGAAAGAUUUUGUUUUCAAGCACAGACCAAACAGUAUCAUCUCGUGCAAGUCCUCCCUAUUGUUCAACUUUUAUAAUAUUUUCUGCCUUCAACUUCCAGUCAUUACAGAAAUUGAGGAAAAUGAAAAAUCGAUUUUCGGUAACUUUUUGCAAUGCAAACCCACUUUCCAUCAUGGAAUAUCAAAAUACGAAUCACACCGCACGUUCGACAAGCUCGCCUCUCAGUAUGCAUCUUUAUUUACAUUGACACGAGAAACAUUGACUACCAAGUGGACAAGUUCCAUUCAAGUCUCUCUUCUUCGCGAAUUAGUUAAAUACCAUCAAGCAGAGUCAGUACAUCGACUCGAUGUGAUAACUUGGAGUAUCAUUUUGCAUUUAACAAGAAAUGGGAGUUGUAGGACUCUAUUCUAUGGUGUUUCGUUAAUUGCGACAUUGCUAUUGCAGGAACAUCUACCAGUCCAUCAACGACAUCUUGAACUUAAUGAGUUUGUACCUGAGCUCACUGAAUUUAUUCAAGAAGUGUACAAGUAUUGCUUUUCAAUGUUGUAUUACUGUAAUGGACUCAUGAUCUUAGAUUCGUAUGAUUUCUUAGACAGCAGACUCGCUCAUUGGUUGACGUUGUUAAAAACAAAAGAACUCGCUGAAAAUUCGACAACCACUCUAGGAUCCUGGAUCAACAAGCUGAAACAGCUUCUGCCAUCCAAUCUUCUUCCAAAAUUUGAGAAACAACUUGGCAUCAUCAUUGAGCACAUUCCAUACGCUUCAAGCUUGUUAGAGCACGAAAUUGGAAAUAUUCAGUCAAAGAACACCUCUAUCUCGUACGCCUACAUCUUUGAGGAAGAUGAUCACAGAAGGACUGUACUCGAAGUGGAUCAUCCUUUCAUCAACAAAUAUUGCAAGAUUGACAGCAACAGCGUUAUCACAACCGAAGAUUCCAAAUCGAAAUCUGUCUUUAAAGAUAUCUAUCAUUAUCAUUCUAGCAGACUUAUUGAUGAGUCUUCACGCUCGCUCGAUUUCAAUAACGAUGUGGUGCUCCAAAAAUCCAGAGAAAAGCUUGAAACCAUGGCCAAAGCUUUCCAAAGAAUUAAUCCUCACAAAGUUAUUUCAAAGGAGCCUAAUGUGACAUCUGAACAGGUUAAAUACAUUUUGCAUGCUCAGAACAAGCAACACCAGCAACGUAUACCAUCUGGAGGACUCUCCUUAAACAAUUCACAGCUAUCCAUGAGUCAAAUCGAAAAGGAAUGUGAAAAAUUCAAGUCACAACUCGAAGCCCUUUCGAAAGAUACCUCUAGGUCCAAAGUGACAAUGGUGGAAUUAUCGAAACAAAUCAAUAAUGAAAUACACCCACUCUUGGCCAUUGUAGUGAAAAGAGGAGGCCAUCAUAAGAGUCAUGAUACAAAGAAUAUUACCGAUCACAAAAGCGAAAAUAACAACAAAAACAAAAGUAACAAUACUAACACAAAAGGAUCCGCAAAGAAAAAGAGUUCUGAUGGUGAAGACAUCUCUGUUCUGUUGAAGAAUCUCAUUAUUCAGUUAUUGACAUCCUUUAAACUUCAACUUCCAAAACAGCGAAACGAUGAAGAAUCUAAAUAUUUACAGAAAACAGUGACUGGUGCUUCUUCCAAGAUUGUACUUUCUCGUGAGGAUGAGAAAAAAGCCCUAUUCAAGCUUUAUCACGUCAACAGUUGGAUCAGAUUCAUCUAUAACUAUCUCCAAUGGUUGGAAACCACCCUUAGCUUUCUCUUUACUGAUUCUGAGAUUAGAAAAGAAAUGGAAUAUUUGGCCACUACGGCAAGAAUGUUUGGAUUCGUGGCAACCGCAGACGCGAUACAAAAAAAACCUCUGACAGAUGCAUCAAAGGAUGUUGUGGAUCCCAAUUAUCUUUUCCUUAAACAUUUUGAAUUCAUUCCACCAACCACUCCAUCUCUCGAAUUGUUCACAAAACAACAGCAUGUCAAAUUACUUGACAAGUUCACAACUCGUAUUACAGAGUUAGCCACCCAAUACAACCAUGAGAAAAAGAGUGAUCAACAAGAACGUAUUUCAGAAGAGUUGAGAAAUGUCAUGAUCAUGAAAAAACUUCGAGAAAAUCUUACGUUUGUUCCUGAUCAAUGGCAAAACGACAUGAUCGACCACGUGAAUCAUAACCGCUCAGUACUCGUUUCUGUUCCAACAUCUAACGGAAAAACAUUUAUCGUGCACUAUGUCAUUGAAAAAGUUCUGAGGGAGAGCGAUACAGGUGUGAUUGCAUUUGUGGUACCCAACAAAGCUUUGGUAAAUCAAAUUUAUUGUGACGUCUCGAGUCGAUACGAGAAGAAGAUUUUAGGAAAGACUGUGGUUGGAAUGGCUACUGCAAAUGUCAGAAUUGAUGUUUUUAAUUGUCAAGUUCUUAUUCUCACUCCUGCCAUGUUAGAAAUUUAUUUAAUGAGUGCAACAGAAAAACUAGUAGCUUGGAGAAAGAAUAUCAAAUAUUUAGUUUUGGAUGAAAUACACUGCAUUACUGAGGACGACCAGGGAGAUUUCUAUGAACAUUGUAUUCAGCUGCUUGAUUGCCCGAUUAUUGGACUUUCAGCAACAAUUGGAAAUGCAGAAAAGUUUAAAGAAUGGAUCAAACACAGCAAUCGAGAAAAUAUUCAACUCAUCUAUGAGCCUGACUAUAAGAGAUAUGCUCCAUUGGAAUACUACACUUUUAACAAUGAUGUAAUUUCCCAUUCCCACCCAUGUGGGUUAUUUAACUCCAAUAACUUGUCAGAAAAGGAGCUUAGUCAAUGCAGAAUGAUGACCAUCGAUGAAUGUUUUCAGCUGUCAGACUUUAUGUUAAACAAAUGUCCUGAAAUGAAGGAUUUUGUUGAGGAACAUGUUGGACAUUCUCAUUUAAAGGAGAACAAACUCGAAAUUAUUUCAUGGUCUGAUCACAUCACAUACAAGAAACGAUAUAACCAAAUGCUAGUGACACUUGCACAAGAUUCCUCCAAACAUGGACCUCUGCUUCAAUCCAUUGUUCAACACUUUUCAAGAGACAAUGAGCAACUCUUCAACAGCAGUGAGUACCUGAAAAGUCCAGAAAUUAUUCGUGACAUGAUUUCUCUCAUCACACUCUUGAAGAAAAAGCAAUUACUUCCAGCCAUCAUAUUUAUCUUUGAUAGAAAACAAAUUGAUGCAAUCAUUGCUAACCUAUGCAUGCAAAACAUCUCCUUAUGGGAUGAUGAAGACUCCAAGCCUGAAGGCGAUAUUCUUCGAGUAGUGAACAACCUUUCCUCAGAGUCCUCUCAACAGAGAUUACACGACCACUACUUACAUGCCCUUCAUCUUGGAAUAGGAGCUCACUAUUCUGGAAUUGAUGAUUUUUAUCAAAUGGAAGUAGAACGUUUGUUCCGUGAAAAGAAACUUCCCCUUAUUAUUUGUACGUCAACAUUGGCUCUUGGUGUGCACUUACCUUGCAGCACUGUGGUGAUGGGCGGUGCGUCAAUUUAUCUUAACAAGACACUGUUCAAACAAUGUUGUGGUCGUGUGGGUAGAAGAGGUGUGGACCAAAAGGGAAGAGUGAUUCUCUAUGGAUUGGAAUAUAAUAGAGUGAGAAGAUAUUUACUGUCAGAACCUAUUACUGUGAAUGGAACGAAUGGUUUAAAACCAAGCUUCUUAUUGAAAACGUUGAUAAGUUUGAAUAGUCACAGAGAUUGUGGUCAAGAAGCUCUAGAAUAUUUUGAGGGCGCUUUGACAAGGCUUUUGGAAAGACCUCUCUUUUCCAUCAAUGCAAACGUCAUGGAACAGGUUUCAAAGCAGAUGAGCCACUAUGUGAGAUUUAACACAGAGUUCUUAAGACAAACAUUUUUAUUGAACAAAAAGUGUCAACCUUUAAAGUUAAGUGGAUUGGCAGCUCAUAUCCAUUACAGAGAGCCAUUUAAUUUCUUGUUUACACACUUUAUACAGACGGAUUUGUUUUCUAAAAAACUUGACGUCAACAAAAUUACAGAACGAGAGUAUGACAAGAUUGUACUUGUGGUAUUUUCAUUGCUUUUUGCAAGAUUAAGAGCCUCGAAAUUUAUUGAAAAUAAUCACAGAAUCGAUGUAGAGUUUAGUGAAUCCAUGAAGAACAUGUAUGAAGGAAUUAGAAGUCAGAACAAACAGUUUAACAAGGAAAUUCUGAAAAUAUUCAGUAAUUAUGCAGUGACAUAUUUUCUUGCAUCUACACAUGAUUCACAAGUUCAGAAUGAUUUAUAUUUCCCAUGCUCCAAAUUGGUACCUAAACUUGGCAUUAAGAGAACACAAUCGUCGCCUCUUUCUGAACUUUUACAAAAAGAUCUCAUUACAUGCAAUGCUUCGAUUUCUUCGUUUGCAGCUCUCAGUGGAAACAAAGACAAUUAUUACAUCAAUGAGGACCACUUUAUUUCAUGUCUCAAACAUACCAUGUAUCUCAAUAAGGGUCAUUUACCAUUCAGUAAUGUGGUUUCAGGAGAUGAUUUGAAUUCAUUCUUGCUGGACUAUUAUCAUCAUGGAAAGUUGGAAUUAUUGUGUUCGGAGAAUCGUAUAGCAACAAUUGGAAUGGCAAACAAGUUAAUUGAAGAGGCCACUCGAGAUUUGAAAAAACUUAGAUCCAGUCUCAUUAACGAAGAGGUUUUCAAUUAUUCCAUCACUGAUUAUUUAAAGCAACGUUCGAGUGAGGAAACAGCUACAUGGCUUCACAAUUGUCUCUGUCGAUUUUUACCAAAACAUGCAGCACAGAAAAUGAGAGAAACAUUCCAAGAAAAAAAUGUGACAUUCUUGCAAUUGUUUGACUGGAUUUCCAAUGACACUUUUGACAUGAAAAUUUCCAAUAUUGUCAAUUUGAGAGGAAAGGGGUUGAAAUUAUUGAGAUAUGAUGUAGCUUCUCUUUUUUUACAUCCUCUUGUUCAAAGCAUGAAUAGAAUUAUUCAACAAUUUACAGCCAAAGAAGCACAAGAACGUCAAGCAUUGAGAUCACUGAAAAAUGUGAAAAAGCUCAACAAGAGAGACACGAUUGGAGGUACCAAAGAAGAUGCUUAUUUGAAGAAGAAAUCUUCGGGUGGAUCAUCUCGAUGGUCUACCACCAAACCUCCAGACAAGUAUGAAUAG